CCUCAUAGGAGCAGUGGAGAGAGUGACGGAGGAAUAUCUCACUGAGUGAUUCCAGAAGCUAAACUUAUGAUAACGACCUGAGGGAGAGCAUUGGAAGAAGAGUGACUGAAGAUCAACCAACACACCUUGAGAGGAGUUUCCUCACUGCACCAUUCUCACCUUCACUCCCCUCCUCUCCCUUUCACUUCAACCAAAUUAGAGGCAAAUCCACUGGGUCAUGUGUUUUGACAGGGAUACUCAUUCAAAUAGUGAGAAGGGGAGAGAGAGACAGAGAGAUUGCUGCAAACAAUAAGAUCAUCACAAGUCCAGUCCUGUCAGAUUUGAGGGGUUAUCUGCUCUCCUGACUUCUCUCCCAGUCUGCAUUAGUGAACAUACCCAGAAACCAUCACCAUGGGGGAAAUGGAGCAAUUGAGAAAGGAGGCGGACAAUCUAAAGGACCAGAUCACUGCAGCACGUAAGGCAGUGCAGGACACCACGCUGCAGGAGGCAGUGGCCGGGGUCACUGUGGUGGGCCGUGUCCAGAUGAAGACUAGGAAAACACUAAGAGGUCACCUUGCCAAGAUCUACGCAAUGCACUGGGGCACUGACUCCAAGCUGUGUGUCAGUGCGUCACAAGAUGGAAAACUCAUAGUGUGGGACAGCAUCACGACCAAUAAGGUGAAUGCCAUCCCUCUCAAGUCAUCAUGGGUAAUGACUUGUGCCUAUGCACCUUCGGGGAACUUCGUGGCUUGUGGUGGUCUGGACAACAUGUGCUCCAUCUACAACCUCAAGGGCAAGGACGGGAACGUCAAGGUCAUGCGUGAGCUGGCAGCACACACAGGUUACCUGUCCUGCUGUCGUUUCCUUAAUGACUCUGAGAUCAUCACCAGCUCUGGGGACUGCACUUGCGUAUUAUGGGACAUUGAGACAGGAACCGAAAAGACCAUCUUCACAGGACACCAGGGAGACUGCAUGUCCCUGGCCGUGUCCCCGGACUUCAAUUUUUUCAUCUCAGGGGCGUGUGACUACACGGCCAAGCUAUGGGACAUCAGGGAGGGUCAAUGCAGGCAGACCUUUGGAGGCCAUGAGAGCGACAUCAACUCAAUUGGGUUCUUCCCAAAUGGAAAUGCAAUAAUAACUGGGUCCGAUGAUGCAACCUGUAAGUUGUAUGACCUGCGAGCAGACCAGGAGCUCAUCACCUACCAGGACUCCGGCAUCAUGUGUGGGGUGACCUCACUGGCUCCCUCCCUGUCUGGACGUUUGAUACUGGCCGGCUAUGACGACUUCAACGUCAACAUCUGGGACUCACUGAAAGCAGAGAGAGUUGGAGUGCUGGCUGGUCACGAUAACAGAGUGAGCUGUAUUGGAGUAUCCUCAGAUGGCAUGGCGUGCUGCACAGGAUCCUGGGACAGCUUCCUCAAGAUCUGGAACUGAGGUCAUUCCUCAUCAGUGAGCAGGAGGAGAGACGUUAACAUCUGCCUGGGAGAAAUUGAAAAAGAAAUUGGAGUUAGAGGAAGGGAUGAGGAGUCACACAGGGUGAAAGGAUGGUAUUUUAAUUGUGCCAAGUCCUAUCUAAUGUUGGAGAGGGGCUGUAAUGUGAAAGGUUUCUCCUCUCUCUGUCACAUUGUGCUCUCUCCUUUCUUUUAGCAUUAUGGGUGAAUUUGGGGGGUCAUGGGGUACAGGAUAUCAGAAAAGACGAUUCCUCUUAAUGGUGAAUUAUUUUGUGGUUCAAAAUAGUAACGUUCUGUUGCAGAAUUUCAAAUCUCACCCAAUGAGAACAGUUGCCAAAUUUGAAAUGGUAGCACACUGGACAGGAUAGAAGUGAAUAUGGGUCCAGAACCAGCCUGUGUAGGUUUACACGAGCUCUACUAAAAUGCUGUAUGAAAGCAUAAGUUUGUGUUUAUUUAAGUAAUAAGAGCAUUUUUGUUUCUGACUUUUGUUUGUUCUUAGCUUCGGUAGAUUCCCUAGAUGCUUACAUUUUAAUACCUGUCACUUCCUCAUUUUAAGUAUAAAUGAAGUUAUAGUAUGCAGAUGUCUACAUUAGUGUUUGAGUUGUUUUGUAUGUGAUUGAAAAUAUUUGGACAAUAUUUACCAGGAUUUGGCUUCUGAUCCUAACUCAGGUCAGACCAGAAAAGUGCUUUGUGCAAACUGUUGAACCGACAAGAUGGGAUGAUAAAAUGAUUUUAAUGGUUCAUUAAGCACUAACAAAAUAAGACUAAUAGGACUCUUCGUACGAGUGCUGGUUUCCCCCCGGAGGAUAACUGCUACUGUGUGUUUGAGUUCUUCUGAAUCUGGACAUGACCUGUCUUUCCUCUGCAUGAUAGUCUUGAAAGUUUUGUGUCAAGUACACAAAACCUCUGAACUCCAUGCCCUGCAAUUUGGACUGUUUUCAAUAUACACUGUGCGAGUAAAGCAAUUUCACCUUUCUUAAAAACUGUCUAAUAAACCUGGGAUACUGCAUUAAAAGUCUAGUGUUUAUUUU